AUGAUACGCACUCCCUGCGCCUGGGCUCGCACAAGCUCACGGCGCGCAACGCAAAACGUACACGCUUACCCUCGGGAGCCCAAUCGUGUCACCGGAAACACCACUACGUUUAACCUUGUAGCCCAACGAGCUUCUCCUGCGCAUGUUGUGCGGAGAUACAACGUAACAAAGGCCCCAACAGGUCAUAAAGCGCCUGCGACUGCCACAACGAUUCCUGGACCUAGCUGGCUUUGGCUCGAACCCGUCAUUGAGCCCUUCCGCGCAUACGGGCGCGUGCAGCAGCGGAAACCGUAUCUCACGCAGCUGGUCAGUUCGCUGGUCAUCUACUUUGUGGGCGAUCUGGUCGCACAGAGCAUUGCCGCGCCAGAGGAGAAAGAUGUCACAGAAGAGGAGGAAGAGAGGGGAUGGGUGCAGCAAUGGAGUGAAGACCGCGACUGGGCACGAACAGGUCGAGCGCUGAUCAUUGGGGGCAUCAGCAGUAUACCGAGUUACAAGUGGUUCUUGUGGUUGAGUCUGAACUUCAACUACUCGAGUAAGAUCCUGAGUUUGACUACGAAGGUCGUUGUCAACCAGAUUCUGUUCACGCCUAUCUUCAAUUCGUACUUCUUCGGCAUGCAAACCCUCCUCGCCGGCGCUUCCUUCGACGAUUGCGUAGAGCGUAUCAAGCACACAGUACCCACAAGCUGCAUCAACAGCUGCAAGAUUUGGCCAGCAGUUACGGCGUUCAGCUUCACGUAUAUUCCGAUCCAGUACAGGAGUAUUUUCGGCGGUGUCAUUGCGAUUGGGUGGCAGACUUAUUUGAAUUUGCUGAACCAGAGGGUCGCUGCGCAGGAACACCUUGAGCAUCCGGCACGACAGGAAUUGGUGAAUGAGACGACCACAGCUACGAAGCACAAGAACAUGGACGUAAGGAAAGAGAACGGGGGUCCAAAGCAGAAGUGCGCUGCAUGA